UUCUCUUCUUUACGAACCCUAAAUCUCUUCUCCUUCAAUCACUCACAAAUUCUGGCCAAGACCUACAAUUUCGAAUCCUUUUAUCUGAAUCAAAGCCUUAUUCUUCUCUAUAAUCUUUUGGUACAUAUGAUUUUAGGGCUUAUUGAAUGUUUCGAAUUUCUUCUUAUUUGAGGAGUUCAUCUGCUUUUAGGGCCUAGUCGACAAUGCGGUCAACUAACUUGGCUAGGCUUUGCAUGGAAGAUGAUGAUCCUGGGUUGAAUGAAGAAGUGCGCUGCAAUCAUGGUUAUGUGCUGCCGAUAAUGACUGUUUGGACCCCUCGGAACCCCGGUAGAAGAUAUUGGGUGUGUCCAUACUAUGAGGAUCCAAGAUCUUGUGAUUUUUGGCGUUGGAGAGAUGUAGAAAUUGAUCCAAGAUCGAAAUUUGUUAUUCCUAAACUUGUGGAGAAAAUUGGUGAACUUGAAAGUGCAUUGAAAGUGUAUGAAAGUGUUAUGAAGCCUAGGGGAAAAAAUAAGUGGAAAGGAAGAUAGAGAUGCAAUUAGAGAAGUUGGAGGGAAAGAUUGAGAAGAUGAAAAGAAGGGAGAAGAAGUGGAGGAUCAGUUUGGUUAAGUCCAAGAUUAGGGAGAAAGUACUUUAUUUUUUUGUGUUGUGUGGAUGUGUUAUAGCUAUAAGCUAUUGGUUUCAUCCAGUAUAUGUGAAGAAUCAUUCAAUGAAGUUGCCUUAGGAUCAGUUA